AUGGGUUCGCUGCUUGUGCCACAGGCAAGAUCGUUCGCGCCUCACUUCGAGGUCAUGCCCAUGUCGGUUCUGAAAAGACUCAACAGUACUUUUGCUACUUCUGUUGAGUCUUCUGGCGACUUGCUGAGCCGGGGUCCACUUCUCACAUCCACGUCACCGUCCUUGCUUCGCUUAGACAGCGGCGCAACAUCCACUUUCACCGUCCUCGCCAUCAUCACUGUCUUCGCCGUUUCUGCGUUCGCAACGCAGGCGCACCUAACGGACGAUUCUCUAAACACACUUCUGGCUGCAAUAGUCUGGCCUCUUCAUCGUGCUGGCAGCCUUCUCAGCCACCUCGGCUUUCGCCAUUUGGGGUCCUCUCUUCAGCAUCUUGUCAAGGCGUCUCCCAAAGUAAGUUCUGCUGCGCCAAUUUGACCGACCGCUUUUGCAGCGCCGAGAGAUGGUGGAGGGAAUGCGUGUAGGUGAAAGUUCCAAGAGUAAAUGAAGAGCCACUGCUGGACGGUCGUGGCUGUGCGUGUUACGCAGUGCACAUCAGCGCAGAUGCCUACCGCAUGCGUCCAAGCUGUCGCGCACGCGUCCGUCCCGAUGCGGUUGCACCACGGUCAACGCUGCUCACUUGCGCGCGCGUUUGCGGUUGCAGGCGGUGGAACGUAAAGGCUGCAAAUCGCGAUGCUUCAUGCUGACCAAACGCUCUCCGUCGCAUGGCGACAUCGGCCUGAUAGAAACCUAUCAAGACCGCAUAUCCAGCCCCACCAAUCGUCCACGUGCCAGUGCGUACUGCUGCUGCAGUGUGAGAACCCGACGACUCGCACCAACGCUGAUCCUCACAUUCAUGCCUCGGGUACUAUCGACAGAGACAUGUCCAGCUGUCCGAAGCUGGACACGCAGCCUACACUGCUGCGUUGAAAGAACACGGUGGAGUGGUUGGUAUUCCGCGGCACGGUCGACUCGAGUACAUCGUUGAUCACCAAUAUGUCAAGGUAGGUCGGUGUGCUGCGUAAGCAUUGAGCGCCCGCGGUGAUGCUGACUGGCCGCUCUUGUUGAAUGACCUUUGGUCCAUCAGGAUGUCCUGACCGAUGCGAACAAUUACUCUUUUGAGCAAGCUGUCACGUCCGUCCUUCACGUAAGUUCGACCGCGCUUGUCUAGAUUUUGCCAUCUUGCCACCAGCGAAUAACGCUGUCCUUGAGCCUGCAGAUGGAGUUCAUGCUAUGGUUCAAAGGCGGAACGUUCGUGCAAGAAUUGGAAAAGCUGGUGCAAGAUGGCGUCACACCUCGCCUGCGUGGGGUCGUCGAAAAGAGUAAGUUCCCCUCGCUGAAUCCCGGUCUGGCACCCUUGAGAUUUUGCCAACACUUUCUCUUUCCCCACAGUCGCGCCCAUCUUUGCUCAGGAGGCUCAUGAACUAUUCGAGAAGCACGCGGGAGAGGAGACUCCGGACGAGGUGCUGAUCGACGACAUGUACACAUGGAUCCACCGUGGAAUUGCACGCGCAAUGGUCGUCUUGAUCCUCGGAGAGCGUUACCUCAACGAAGAGAUGACCGGCAGGUUCAUGCGCAUUGUCGUAGGCAUUGCUCACCUCAGCGGAAUCUACGAAAACGUGAGUUGCUUGACUUGCGCGCGUACGUGGCUCUGCACUCAUUUGUGCUCCUACCUGCGACUCUAGACCCAAUCUUGGGCACGUUACCCUCGUUUGCAUGCGCUGAAAACUACCCUGGCAGUCAUCUUUGGCACCGUCAUCCCCGACUUUUUCUUUGGCAUUGUUCCUCAAUUGUGGAGGAAUGUCGACUCUCACAUCAACCACGGUCUAGACGUCGAGUCCUCAGACUACGCUCCCUUCUUGGACAUUUUGACGGCCAAGCACCGCAAUCGCGCAACGGGUGAUAUCAGCUUCUUCAACUUCAUGUGGUCGGCCAUCGUAUGCCUUGGCAUCAUCUUUGCUUCGGUCCAUCAAAGGUAAGCUCGGGUAUUUGCGAAGCUUGGUACGUUGCGGCUGAGCUGAGACGUGAUCCUUUUUGCACCUUGUCGCAGCGCGGUAAUGGCAGUCUGGUGUGUCAUGACGCUCGCCAAACGCCGCGACUACCAAGACGAGCUUCGCGAAGAGAUUGCCGAAAUCAUCGAGAUCGACGCCGAAGGCAACAAGUGCAUUACUCUUGAAGGCUUGCGCCAAGCACAGAAGCUCGACUCCUUCAUCCGCGAAGUACUUCGUACCAAUGGCGCGCUAUUUGCACCAGUCCGCUGCACCACUGCGCCAGUGCGUAUUGGACCCUACGUCAUCCCCAAGGGCGUCAACGUGAUGCCUUAUGUCAAGCGAGCAAACGAAAGUGUCGAAGCGUAUGGUGAGAAGGGGACCACAUUCGACGGUCGUCAAUGGGUCGGCAAUCGUCCUGCCGUACAAAGCGACCCUGCCUUCAUCACAUUCGGCCUGGGCCGUUGGGCUUGCCCCGGUCGUCACCUCGCGGUCGCAGAGCUCAAGAUGAUCGUAGCCACCCUAUUUGAAGCCUACGAUGUCAGCUUGGUCGGAGAUACUUUUCGUUCUGGAGACCCGAUGAACAACACUAGCGUUGCUCCCAUUGGAACCGUUCGGUUCCGCAAAUUAUGCACCUAG